AUGAUCAAGACCCUCUUCUUACCCCUCCUCGCAGCGGCCUGCGUCUCUGCACAUGGCUUUUUGGCGGACGUUUCGAUUAACGGAAAAUCAUACGCGGGCAAUAGGCCCAACGGCAACAAUGGCCCCAGCAUCAUCCAACAAGUCAGCACGCAGGAUCCAAACUAUGGUGCGGGCAAUCCUGCGCUCACUUGCGGUCCCGAUGCGAGAGCAGCAUCGCUCGUGGCCGAUGCCAACCCCGGCGACACCUUUACAUUCGACUGGCGCACAGCCAGUCUCGGCAACUGGCCUCACAACACAGGUCCCAUGUUGACCUACCUGGCCUCCUGCGGCUCGCAGACAUGCGACGACUUCGAUGCAAGCAGUGCAAAAUGGUUCAAGAUCCAGCAGGUGGGACGGAAGUCACCCGGUGGGCCAUGGGCCCAACAGGACAUCAUGAACGGAGAUAUCGCGACAAUUACGCUGCCCAAGAACCUCGCCCCAGGGAACUACCUCAUCCGGCACGAGAUCAUCGCGCUACACAUUGCCACCCAGCGCGGCAAGGCCGAGUUCUACCCCGCCUGCGCGCAGAUCCGCGUCGGGGGCAGCCAGACGGGCAAGCCCAACGCGAACGAGCUGGUCAGCUUGCCCGGCGCGUACAGCGACGACGACCCGGGCAUCUUCACGCCCAAUAUCUUCAACGCCAACGCGCAGUACGUCUUCCCCGGGCCAGCGAUAGCCAGCUUCGUCACUUCCGGCAGCUCGACGCCCUCGACGGGUGGUGGCUCGCAAGGUGGCUCGGGCUCGGGCACGAACACGACGGCGUCGUCUACUGCGACUGCUGGAGCACCCGCCCCUACCGCUACCAAGGCUUCCUCAUCCACCAAGACCUGCAAACUGAAGCGGGCUCCGCAGAACGAUAUCAUCCGCCCUCGGCACAUCAGCCGUGUCAUGCGCCGUCUCGCCUUCAAUUGGAGUCACUGA